AUGAUUAAUAGCAGUGUGACUGAAUUCAUUCUAUUUGGGUUGACACAGGAUGCUGGAAAGCAGAAAGCAAUAUUUGGGAUCUUCUUGAUUCUUUACCUUGCAACUCUGUUGGGAAACUUUCUCAUUGUGGUGACUAUUAAAACAAGCCAGACCCUUGGGAGUCCCAUGUACUUUUUCCUAUUCUACCUGUCCUUUGCUGAUGCUUGCUUCUCAACCACCACAGCCCCCAGGUUGAUUGUGGAUGCCCUUUCUCAGAAGAAGACCAUUUCCUACAAUGAGUGCAUGACUCAGGUCUUUGCAGCGCAUUUCUUUGGAUGCAUGGAGAUCUUUGUGCUCAUUCUCAUGGCCUUUGAUCGCUAUGCAGCUAUUUGUAGGCCUCUGAGAUACACAACAAUUAUGAGCCGGCGUGUCUGUGGUAUAUUGAUGAUUUUGGCAUGGGUAGGGUCUUGCAUUCAUUCUUCAGCACAGAUUUUCCUGGCUUUGAGAUUGCCCUUCUGUGGCCCAAAUGUGAUUGAUCACUAUUUCUGUGAUUUGCAGCCCUUGUUGAAACUUGCCUGCAUGGACACUCAUGUGAUAAAUUUACUUAUUGUGUCUAAUAGUGGGGCCAUAUGCAUGGUGAGUUUCAUAAUUCUGCUGAUCUCUUAUAUAGUCAUCUUAUACUCUCUGAGAAACCACAGUGCAGAAGGAAGGCGAAAAGCACUUUCCACAUGCACUUCCCACUUUAUUGUGGUUGUCCUAUUUUUUGGUCCAUGUAUAUUUAUAUACACAUGCCCACCAACCACUUUUCCAAUAGACAAGAUGGUGGCUGUGUUUUAUACAAUUGGCACACCCUUACUCAACCCUCUGAUCUAUACACUAAGGAAUGCAGAAGUGAAAAAUGCCAUGAUAAAAUUAUGGUGUAGCAAAGUGUGA